AUGCCACCACAACUACGUGAUAAAUCACCAGAAAAUAUGCCAAAUCUUCCAUUAGAUUUUAAUUUAACAAUAACUUCUUAUACAACAACAAUUAAUACAAGAUCUAAUAUACCAGUAAAUGUUCUACCACAACGACCAAAUUUUGCAACACAAACAAUAA